UCCUUUAUUUGAUUGCAGUAUGCAGAAAUCUUGUAGCGCGUAAAUACAGAUGUGAAAGAAUUUGAAGGUAUUGAUUUUAGCCGAAAUCUUGGCAAAUUUGUGCUUUUCAUCAAUGAGACCUCAUGUGGGCCUAAUUUACUAAGCAUUAUUGUUGUGGCAUUUUUGUAACGACAUCUAGAUGUCCACACAAUCCAAGACAAUGCCUUCAAUCGACUUGAAAGUGUAUGUGCGUGUGGUGGCCCUCGUUUUCUCCAUAUCAGCAACAACUGCAUUUGUGUUUGCUCUGCUCCGUUUAUUAUAUCCAGAGUUUUUCUACCUAGAUCCUAUAGCUGGCAGUGAUAUAGGUAUUCAUUAUUUCAUAUCUGGGAUGAUGAUAGUGACCAGUGGAAUUGGCUUCCUAAACUCAUGCGUAGUGAUGCACCGCAGUGCUAUGCAGAAUGCAGGCCGGAACAUCACGACAUGGCUACUCCUAGACUCCCUGUUCGAGACGAGUCGUGUGAUCUACGUAUUUGUGUGCGAGAUCGUGCUGAAGGGCAAGGGCCCGGUGCAGUUGUACGAGUUGCUGGUCAGCGCGGCGCAGUAUUUGCUGGACAGCUUCCUCUACUGCCAGAUGAUUCUCAGACACUAACACAUGUUGAAAAUGUUCUCAAUUUGUUCCUGCGAGGAAACCCUGGUUCUUGGCAGUCCAGCGGCGGCGCGCGUCAGCUAAGACAUACUGAACCCUCGUAAUGUUAUGCCGGCUCCACACUAUCCGCGAACAGUUCGCCAAACUUUGUCGGACACGUAAUACAUUGCUGAUUUUACAUUGCGGUAAAUAAAAUCACUCAUACUAACUACGCAAUGUUCACGCAUUCGCGCCGGCAUGCGUCCGAGUUCGGCGAUAGUGUGUAGCAUACAUUAAGUAAAGAGCGGACAGUCAACUGCACAACAAGAUACUCACCAUGGACCUUAUGCAGUGGUGAUAACACCUAUUUUGCAAUGAUUUUGAGCUGGUUAUUAUGUCGGCAACGCGGUGACUUUUAUUAGGUUUCUAGUGUUCAUGAGGUGUUUGUUUACCAUCAGUCAACACUCAUACUCGUUGCCCACUGAGCUAUAAAAAAAGUUGAUAUUUCUUUCUGUACGUACAGACAAGUUUAUAUUAAGUUGGAUGUCUAUGGGGGUAAAUCGUUGUGCCGAUGUCAGUAUACUGUAAACUGAAAGUGGUGUUGUAAAAACACCAAUUUCUAUCAGCGGGUCGUAUGCUUGUUUGUUAGUUGUGUAAAUAUGUGGCGUUUAUCGAAGCAAUAUGUGCAUAUUACAGCCGAAUGUACAGUAAGGCGUGGGGUGAAUGACCUCACAAUUUUUUUAUUGCAUGGUAAGACGAAUUUUAGGCAAUUUUAAUUGUUACAAUGAUAUAUAAUAUAUAUAAUACAACAAAACAUUUUAAUAUAACAACUUUAAAUUAUAAUAGCGAGUAACUGAUAUUUGAAUAUAUAUUACAUAGUCGUACUAUGUACAACUCGCAUUGUUCGUUACGGAACUAAUAGGUAGUUAAAAUAAAAUACUUGGAACUAAGAAUUAGAUAAUUAUAUUUUCCUUUGUUCUUAUAAAUUGGUAGAUCGGAAAACAGAGAUCGAAAUCACAGGAAUAAACAAUAGAAAAAACUAGAUUUGUAGUGCGCGCGCAGGAAUCAAAUUUAAAUUAUCGUGUUCGAUAGCCAUUGGCUGGUGCGCGAGGGGUCGCGGGCGCGACGUGCCUAGUGUUGUGGUGUACUGGCGUAGACAGAUAUUAUAAUUUGAAGUUUUAAAUUAAAAUUUUUCGUUGUAUUAUAUAUAUUAUAUAUCUUUCUAACAUUUAAAAUUCCAGGGUCCACUUGCCUAUUUUUUCCUCAACUCUUCGCACUGCAUGUUGUUUGACCAUCAUUGGUAAAACCGCUUUUCGAGAUUACUCUAAAAUGCAGCAGCGUGUGAACAAAUAAUAGUAAAAAAUUAAAUAAAUAAAAUACUCAUACCAUACCAUACAUCGCGAUACUUACGAUUUUCUUUUAAAUUAUUAACAUCAAUAAUGAUUUAUUUCAUUAAUUGAAAAACGUAAACAACAAACUACAAAACUCCCUAUUGUGACGUUUUUUCCACAUGGAAAUAUUUUUCUGAGAAUGUGGAUACGAUACCCUAUUUACCAUUUUCGGCUUUAUAUAUUAUAUACCAUUUACCAUAUAUAAAAAAAUGUUUAGUAUGUGUCGGGCGAUAACCAUGCGCUCCCAAUACACUAACUGAAUAAUGACAGGAAGGCUAGACCAUUGAUCUGAUUCGCGUGACCUGACGCAAAAUUUAUUGGCGGGGAUUUAAUAGGCUAAAGACAAUGAAGUGACUUUUAUUUUAGUGACUUAUUAAAUGGUACACAUCUUCAUCAUCAGCUAUAUUACUGUCCCAACUGCUGGGGCACUGGCCUUCUUUGUGGACGGAUAAGGAAGAUGGGUCAUGACCCACCACACGGGCUCAAUGCGGAUUGGUUAUAUUUACUAUUAUUGUAGAUUUUUUCUAAUUUAUAUUUUGUCCCACGCCUUAUUCAUCCAUUGAAGAAUUUUAAAAGAAACAUGCAUUUACUUCAUUAAAUAGUAUAACGGCCUUAAUUAUGAUAAUAAUGAAAAUAUUUGCAGGUAUGUUUGUAAAUCUAUCUGUAUAUAGGCAAAGUAUUUUAAUAGAUCUGGAAUUUGUAUAAAAACAGUUCAAAAUCUCAUAUACGGACACACUUAGAACAAAAUAAAAUAAAAAAAAUGAUCCUACUUUUAUAUCUCAAAUAUGAUAUAGGCAUCUAAGCUUAAUAAAUUAAUAUUGUACAUAAUGAGCAUAAAUAUAUUAGCGAUAGCUUGUACAGUCAAUAUCAAGCUACCACAUGAUAAUCCAUGCAGGGUAAUUAAUAUGCGGUUGACUGUAAGUUUAUUUACUUUUUAUGGUAAUCAAAUAUCCAAACACAAACUAAGUGCUUCUGUUGACCGUUGAGUAUUGUCCAUUCGUUUCUAAGAUUGCCAUGUUAUCGCUAUGUCAAAAUUAUAGAUAAAUAAUGCCCAUGACUUUAUCUUAUAAUAAAAACGUUAAACAUAUUUUUUUUAAUUUGUAACGGCAGCGACGACGUUGCCAGAUUCCACUGUGAUCGAAUCUUAGGAUAAUAAACUCUUUAAAACAGGUAUUUAAAGUAUUUCUAAGAUUAUUUUCCAUUCCAAAGAUGUAUUUAUUUAUAUAGUUUAGCUGUGAAACUGCAUUCUGUUAGUAGAUUAUCUAGUAUCACGCGUUGCCUUUCUGUAUUAUUUUAUCACUAACCAAUAUAUAGUAUGAAUUUAAAAGGUAUUAUUUUUAGCUCAUCGCAUGAAGUGCACCUAUAUCAUUUAUAGUUGUCCCGCGGCUUCGCUCGCGUGGAAAUUCCUGUAUAUUCGCGCUGUACGGUUAGCGGUAAAAUAAUGCUGAAUGCGUAUUUUUGUUCCUUUUUAUACUUGUAUACGUUUUAGAAUUGUAUAGAUGGUAAAGUUUAUGGAAUCUACAAUUCUGAUAGGUUUAAUUUUAAAUAUUCACUAGUAAUGAUUCGUAGCAUUGUAAAUAUAUUUGUAACAUGGUUAAAAACCAAUGUUUGGUGUAUAUUGCACUGUUUUAAUUCAAUACUACGCCUCGGGACUAGGUCUCUAAAUUUAAACAUCAUGUAUAUUCCUCAAUAGCAAGUAUAUACUAGAGUAAAUCAUAAGUAAAUGUUUCGAACACAAUUUGUGUCAACACAAGAUAAUUUUAUGUAUAUAUGAUACUGUGUCUGCUCCCCUUCGAACGAUUUAGAUUUUGUGUGGAUAUAAAUUAAAAUACGUUCCGUCUAGCUGGUAGCCAUGUGAUUCUGUUUUGAUUGGUUGUCGAACCAAUUGUUGUGUAUAUUUAGAAAUCACAUAAUGGUAGUUGUGUAAUAUAUUUGUAGUAUCAAAAACGUAUACCAAACAUCAUAGAAUCAAGGUGCAUAUUCUGCUAACGUCAAAUCAUAACCGAUUUUCAAUGUAAACCAUUGAGAUAUGUACGCGCACACUAGCGCCAUCACAUUUUCACCUUGGCCAAAAAUAAAAAAUGUGUCGGUUGCGCUAGUGUGCCUUAAUAUGUAAUGGUAAGUUAAUAGAAUCCACAACCUAAUGUAUGCUUUUGUCUAGAUCGAAAUCGUUCUACCUGACAAGGCUGUGAUCUGUAGACACAAGUAACAGCAUUAUUCGUAUUAAUCAAAUUAUAUUGAUAUCUACCUUAUAGGUAUUUUGCAUUGUCUUUGUAGCGAUAAUUUUACUUAUUCGCUUCUAAUGUUAAAGGCAGGUGCAAACCUGAUGCGUUUACUUUGUAACGCAUGCGUACACGGAUACAUAAUGCCAUAAUUCCGUACAAUAAACGCGAUACGUAUUCGGUCUGCACCGGUCUUAAGUAGCGAUAUCUUGUUGGGAAAUGACAGAUAUUGCUGAAAAUAUAUACCUCAUUUCAAUAAAUUUCAGUGCAUUUCAAUUUCAAAGCCAAAUUGUAUUUUCUUGGUCUUUAUCUUCUGUAUUUACAUAAAUCAGGUUUUUUAUGGCAAUAUUUUAUUAAAUGUUAUGCCCACUGUCCACACAUUAGUUCGUCUAAAGCACUUCAUCUAAAAUCUUAAGUAUCGAUUGCAAAAUCGAAAAUUAAUUCCUAAAUUGUACUAGUCAAAAUUUAAAUUAUUAAUUUUAGGAAUUGUUGAAUCAAACAACAUAAUCUUUAGUUUUAUGUUUUAAUCAGUGAAUCUAUCAAAAAAUAUAAUGCGCACAGCUAUCAACACGUCAACAGGCUACCCACGGUGCUCACUACAACAAACUGUACAGGAUUCCGAAGGCACACGUAUGUACAAACCAUAGACAAAACAUUAGAAAUUAUUUAAAUGACAUUGCAAAAUCUUCAUUGAAAUGUGAGCUUUACGGCGUCCACUGUAGACACACUUUACAUUAGCAAGUUGGUAGACAGCUCCCUGUAAGAUCACGACAAUGUAUAACAUGUCUACAGACAAGGCACCAAAGCUUACUUUUCUAUGAACAAUUGUCGGGUUGGUGCGGUGCCGUAUAAGUCGGCUGUGAUCUUUUUCUUCUAGAGAUUUCGUUUGGACAGAAUAUUUAAAAGACAAAAAGAAAUUGCUUGAAAAUAAAAUA